AUGGUGCUGCAGUGUCAGGCGGACGGGCGCGAGGCGGGGUCUCUGUUUUCGAUCCUUGACCGAACCCAGACUGCCUUCGGCCGUCGCGUGCUAGCUGGCUGGGUUCGACAGCCUUUGCUGUCGCCAGAGGACAUCACCGCACGGCAGGACGCUGUGGAAGAGCUGGUGGCUGACCCUCCUUCGGUGAUGGAGCGCCUUCGACCGGCCUUGCGAGACCUGAAGGACCUAGAUCCGGCCACCGCAAGCUUGCACCACCGCAGGAUCCAGCCGAGCCGUCUGCUUUCCCUGCUCGGGACCAUGCGCAAGGUGUUCGGAAUUUUCCACCCUCCCACGGUACGAGGUGCGGACAAGACCGAAGGGGCUGGAUCCUCGCAGCAGGGAGGUGGCCCACGGUCGGCAGUGCUCUUGGAUGCUCUCGCUGACGUGCCAGCCAACAUGGCGCCGGUAAUCGCGCGGUACUUGGGGGAGCUAAACGCCGAAGCAGCAGCCUCGUGUGUACGGACCAUCCUCCGGAAGCCAAGUCUCCAGUGGAAAACGCUGAGAACCGGAGCUACCAGCACGGUCGAGUACCUUGUGGAGCUACGAAAGAGCGAGGCCAAGAAGCUGGUUCCGUCUGACUGGAUGCAGGCAUGGGCAGAGCUUGUGUCGCAGGUGGACGAGGAGUGCUACGCGGGGUUUCGAACGGCGGUCCAAGCCUUGGGCACGCUAGACGCCCUGCUCUCUCUUGCCGUGGUCGCAAAGUUACCCGGCUAUGUUCGGCCAAAGUACCGCCCCACGGCCAGUGACAAAGGGGAUGAGAGUGGUGGCGAUGGUGGUGGUGACGACGAAGCCGAUGGUGUGGACGAGAUCGUGCUUCGAGGCGCGCGACACCCUACAGUGGAGCGCGUCCUCGAGGGGGGUUUCGUACCGAACGACGUCAGCCUUAGGAGAGGGGAGUGCUUGGUCGUGACCGGGCCCAACAUGGGAGGGAAAAGCAGUACCGUGAGGAUGGCGGCACUAAUUUGCAUCAUGGGACAGGUGGAAUUGUGGCACACGAGUUACAUCAUCAAGCACGCUACUCGGCGAUCCCUCGUUGUCCUUGAUGAGCUGGGUCGAGGAACCAGCACCCAUGACGGUGUUGCCAUCGCCCUCGCCACGCUUCGCCACGUCGUUCGAGACAUCGGGUGCGCCACGCUGUUCGUCACGCACUAUCCUCAGGUCGCUGACCUCGCUUCGGAUAAGUCCCUAAGUGGCACCGUGAAGAACGCGCACAUGUCGUUCAUUGAGGACUCGGCCGCUGCUUCCACUGAGGAAACGCCCGUAAACGAACAAGAAGUCGGCGAAAGUGCCGGUGGCAGUGGCGUUGGGAACCUCAAACGAAACACAGAGGCGCGCGGUGUAACCUUCCUGUACCGGCUCGUGGUUGGCCAAGCCCACAAGAGCUAUGGGCUGAAUGUUGCACGGGCGGCGGGCAUGGACGAAGCGCUCAUCGAACUCGCCGCGAGAAAGUCGGCAGAAAUGCGAGACAGGGGAUUGUUCUUUCUCUCGGGAGAGACCUAG